GACAACUUGUCGGAUUUCACGAAAAAAAACUUUGAACUUGAGAAUUACAUAACUUUCGAGAUUAAUUGAGUGUAUUUAUGUUGGGAAACCUUCUAAAAUCGAAUGAACUUUCAAAAAAUGGUCGAUCAUCUGCAAACUUGAAUACUUGUACUUGCCCACCUAAUAACCUAGUUGUGAAGUGUCAACCAAGAAUCUUGAAUGAUAUCUAUUUCUUAUCAGAGAAAAUUUGGAUAGUUUUCUUCACGUCAUGGAUUGCUUAUGGGUCGGUUCCGAUGUCGAUUUAACAACUCUGCAUCAAUACAGAAUGUCUGAGAGGUUAGAGUACAGGUUGUCGUGUCUGAACAAAUCCCGAGAUUCCAAACAAUGUCAGGUGAAUUUCAAAGAGGUGAAAUCUAAUUCGAACGAUGCUGUAACUCAGGUUAACAGACGGAGGAGAUCUGGAACCUGGCCAAGAACCAGAUCCUUGAAUGCACCAUCGCCAAUCCAGCAGUUUGGACCAUGUGGACGUAUAAUGAAGAAUUCUGCCAUGGUUAUGACAAUCCAAGAUCCAGCCAGUCAGAGACUCACGUGGUACAAACCUCCCCUAACCGUCUUGGUCAUCAAGAAGGUACGAGACGUGGCAGUCCUCUCGCCUUUCUUCCAAUUGGUCCAAUGGCUCAUCCAGGAAAAAAGAAUGGUCGUAUUCGUCGAGGCCCAAGUCAUGGAAGACAGCCUCUUGGACCAGUACAGCGCCUUCUCGACUAUUAAGGACAAACUGAUGACCUUCAGAGACGGCAAGGACGACCUGACCGACAAGAUCGACUUCAUCAUCUGUCUGGGAGGCGACGGAACCCUCUUGUACGCCAGUCACCUGUUCCAAGAGUCCGUACCGCCGGUGAUGGCCUUCCAUUUGGGCUCCCUGGGUUUCCUCACUCCCUUCCAGUUCGACAACUUCCAGGAGCAGGUGAACAACGUCCUGGAAGGGAACGCUGCCUUAACUUUGAGGAGCCGUUUGAGGUGCAUCGUGAUGAAGAAGGACCAGAAGGGCAAGGGCGAUGACGCCGCCGGCAAGAAGCCCACGAAUCUGUUGGUGCUGAACGAGGUGGUUGUGGACAGAGGACCUUCCCCCUAUUUGUCCAAUAUAGAUCUUUUUUUGGAUGGGAAGCAUAUAACUUCGGUGCAAGGUGAUGGUGUUAUCGUUAGCACUCCUACGGGCAGCACUGCCUACGCUGUGGCAGCUGGUGCUUCUAUGAUACAUCCUAGUGUGCCUGCGAUCAUGGUGACGCCUAUUUGUCCCCAUUCGCUUAGCUUUAGACCUAUUGUGGUGCCAGCUGGUGUUGAACUCAAGAUAGCUCCAAGUCCAGGUAGUAGGAAUUCCUCCUUUGUUAAUUUUGAUGGACGCCAUCAUCAGGAACUCAAACCUGGCGAUAGCCUCCGAGUGACUACCUCUAUCUACCCAGUCCCUAGCAUCUGCGCACAAGACCAGAUUUCCGAUUGGUUCGAUUCGCUGGCCGAAUGUCUACAUUGGAACGUUAGAAAGAAGCAGAAGCACCUAGAUGAAUUGACAGAUCUCACUCAUUCCAGUUCGAAUGACACUUUAGAUUCGCUGGAUCAAAACGAAUCGAUCGAAAAAGAUAACUGAAUGAGACAGAAAAAUUUUAGCAUUGUAUGUAUGGACUAUUUCUAUAUUUACAUUGAUUAGUUAAGAGCCUUAUACUUCUUAUGUACAGGUAUGGAGCUCUUAACUAAUUAACACUAAUAUGGAAAUUACAUAUAAAUCGAAUUGAAUUAAAACUAAACAUAAAUCAUUCAGUUUAAAGAAAGAGCUUAAACAUUACAAUCUAAUGAAAGUUGUAGUUUUAGUCCCUCAAACUGAAAGCAAACAGUUCUUUUUCCAUCCAAUUACUGGUCUGGAUAAAAUACUAAGCUCUCUUUUACUGAAGAUCUACGUUUUGUUGUAAUUUUUUUCAUCCUCUACGGUUCUGGCAAAAGAAAUCCCAAGAAGUUCCCAGUAUUAUAUCAGUUUGAGGAAACAUUUUGGUGCGCCUAUUGCAAUUUUUAUGUAAAUUAGGUUUGUUAUUUAUUUUAUACUUUUAGGGAAAUGUUUACAAUAACGCAAUAUUUUAGCAAUUUUUGACGAAUGAUUAGCACAAUAUACCAAAGGUUCGAAGAACUCAUUCAUAAUUUAGGCAAUAACUCGAUAGGAAAAUUCAGUUUGCCAAUUUUUAUAUCAAUUUUACGGUUGAAUUGGACAAACUCGUUUUAUUUUUGUACUCAGGUUAAGGUAGAAAGGUAAUAAAACCACCUUAGGUGUUGAUAGUUGAUAUAGGACCAAUAUUGUGCCAGAUUUUCAUUUAAAGAACGUUUUCUAGUUGUUGAUGUUUUGUGGGAUCUAAAUAUUGAAUUUUGAUAAAUUAUAUGUAUGCAUUGUU